AUGACCCCUGACAGAAUCACUCUCCAGAACAUGGAGAAGAAAUCAAAUGAAAGUUUCAGACAGUACGCACAAAGAUGGAGAGAGAUGGCCAUACAAGUUCAGCCGCCAUUUCUAGAAAAAGAAACGACGAUGCUCUUUAUUAACACUUUGAAGGCCCCUUUUACCACUCAUAUGUUGGGAAAUGCCACUAAGAGCUUCUCUGACAUAGUAAUGACGGGGGAAAUGAUCGAAAAUGCUGUGAGGAGCGGUAAGAUAGAAGCCAAAGAAAGUACCAGAAAGUCAGCCCCAAGGAAAAGAGAUAACGAAGUAAACAAUGCAAACGUAUUCGGUAAAGGCCAAUCCAAGUCACUUACUGUAAAUCAGCCAAAGACAGUGACCACCAAUCAACGUAGCUCUGUAAGACAAGAAUCUAACACAAAGGAGAACACAGAAAGGCCGCAAUUCACCCCUAUACCCAUGACGUAUAGGGAGUUGUACCAGAACUUGUUCAACGCUCAUAUAGUGUCCCCUUUUUACCUGAAGCCACUGCAGCCCCCAUAUCCCAAAUGGUAUGACACAAAGGCCCAAUGUGGAUACCACGCGGGAAUUACCGGGCACUCAAUCGAGAAUUGUACUGCAUUCAAAAAAGUAGUCGAAAGGCUCAUUAAGAUGGGGAUCGUGAGGUUUGACGACCCAGCCGUACCCAACGUAGUAGGAAACCCGCUCCCCAAUCAUACCGACCAGGGAGUGAAUGUGAUAAGCAAAGGUAAAAACAAGAAGAUUAAGCGUAAGGUUGCGGAAGUCAGGAUUCCGUUGAGACGAAUGUGGAGGGAGAUGGCCAAGAGAGAUUUGAUCGCGUUAGAUUUGAGAAGAGAAUCCAAAGAAGAGAGGAACUACUGCGAGUUCCACAAUGAGGUAGGGCAUGAAAUCCAAGAGUGUGUGGAGUUCAGGGCCCUCGUGCAGAACAUGUUAGAUAAUAAAGAAAUGAAGUUUUAUCAAGAAACUAAAAACCCCGUAGAGGGAGAUAUAUGUGCGUCGGAAGGAGAAUCGACUGCACAGAGUCAAACAGCUAACUAUCUCGUAGUCAUCAUAUCGAGACCUAAAAAUAAUGAAGUUGGAGUACAAAUGCCACCGAGGGUCAUAAUCCAAAGACCUGCAGUCUUCCCCUACAAGGACAGUAAAAAAGUCCCAUGGAAUUAUAAUUGUAACAUGACGAUUCCGGGGAAGGAAAGCCUGGUGGAUACUUCCAAAGAGAGUCAAGACAGGGGCUCCUAUACACGUAGUAGGAGACAUUACGAUGCAGCAAAUGAGGAGGCAAACCCACAAAAGGAAAAGCCUCAGUAG